AACAUGUGUAAUGUGAAAUUUACCUCAAUUGCGACGCAGACACAGAGAUUUGGUUUUCGUCGCAGACACAACAAUAAUGGUAAAGUGAUAGAAUACUUUCUCAACUGCGUUUGCGAAACUUCGCGGAAAACGUUCUUUGUAUAUGUUUAUAUACAAACAUGAGAAGGCUAAAUGUCUAGAGUGUGAUUCGUUCGACAGUAAUGACAUUGCACAUGUACAGUUCACAUGACACUUCUCUAAAGCGUAGUUCAUACUGUUAUUUUCUCAUUUUUGCUGUUUUUAAUGAGAAUAAUCAAAACCGAAAAUAUAACCGAAUGUCAUAAUUGCUUCUUCUCCAAAGUGUUUAUCUGUCAACUCAACUUGGAAAUUUAUCAUGUGCCAUGUCACAGCGUACUAAAGUUAUUGAAUUAUACAAAACGCUAUUGUUCAUGGGCCGAGACUAUCCAAAGGGAUAUCAAUAUUUCAGGACCAAGCUGAAGAGAGCUUUUGAUAAGAACAAGACAGAAACUGAUCCUGAAAAAAUAGAUAAAAUGAUAGGACAUGAAUCUCCUAAAAUGGUCGUUUGUGUAGCUGUAAUUGGCAAAGAUAAUUCUCCAAAAUACAUUAAGUGUGCAGAUGAAGCUUCUGCUUUACAAUUUCAUUAUAAAGUGCACACGUCGAUUGAUAUUAUAGAAGAAAAAUUGAAUGUAGGAAAUAAAACGACAGUUGAUAUACGAGACUUAUAUUUGGGCUUGUUGUUCGCGACUGAAGAAUAUAAAAUAUAUGGAUAUGCGACUAACACAAAGAUUAAAUUUGUCAUAGUGUUGCAGUCAUCCAAUGUAUCAUUAAGAGACAAUGAAGUAAAAAUGACUUUCAAGAAAUUACAUGCUGCAUAUUCCAAUGCUGUCUGCAAUCCAUUUUACAUUCCAGGUGAUCAAAUAGCUUCUAAAUCAUUCAAUAUGGCAGUGUUGGAAAUAAUGGGUGUUAUAUAAAAUAUUCUAUAGAGAUGUUUAAAAAAUAAUUCACGUAAUUACAAGAUACAACAACUACAUUACACAAAUACUCUGUAAUAAAUAUAAGUUCUAUGGUAAUAAAUAACUUGAUAUAAUUCUCCAAAA